AUGGAGCUUUAUUUUGUAAAAAAGCAGAUUCAAAAUCUAGACGCCGCUGUAGACACCUACCGUUGCGGGGUAGACGAUAUUGGUGCAUGCAACCUACCUAGAUACUUCACCGGCCAAGCGAUAUUCUACGUGUUGCACCCGGUACCCGGACGCGGGGAGGCAGGCGGCGCAAUGGCGUGCGCCGGCUGCGAGAAGCCGAUCCUGGACAAGUUCUUGCUUCACGUGCUGGAGCGAGCGUGGCACGCGGCGUGCGUCCGAUGCGCUGACUGCCGCGCGCCUCUUGCAGACAAGUGCUAUUCUAGGGAUAACAAGCUGUUUUGCAGGAAUGAUUUCUUUAGGCGUUAUGGCACAAAAUGCAGUGGUUGCGGCCAUGGCAUUUCACCAUCAGACCUCGUUCGAAAAGCUCGUGAAAAGGUGUUCCACCUCAACUGCUUCACGUGUCUCGUAUGUAGAAAACAGCUGUCGACUGGCGAGGAGCUCUACGUCUUGGAUGACAACAAGUUUAUAUGCAAAGAGGAUUAUCUCGCUGGGAAGGCGCCGACACAGCAUUCCGACUCACUGCUAGGAUCAGGCUCUGACGAAGAAGAAGAAGACGAAUCCCGCACCGCAAACAACUCAAGCAGUCCAGCGCAUGCUCCACAUCCAGCACUACAUUCAGAAUUAUCGCACAAUGGUGACGCUAAGCCCCAUGAUGAUUCGGAAGACCAAGGUUCAUUGGAUGGAGACCCCGAGACGAGAGAUUCUCAAGCAGAGAAUAAGUCUCCAGACGAUGGCAACGGAGGUUCUAAGCGACGCGGACCUAGGACGACGAUAAAGGCGAAACAGCUCGAGAUUCUUAAAUCAGCUUUUUCGCAAACGCCAAAACCCACGAGACAUAUAAGAGAACAGCUGGCGAAAGAAACUGGUCUACCCAUGAGAGUCAUACAGGUGUGGUUCCAGAACAAGAGAUCAAAAGAGCGUCGCCUCAAGCAGUUGACCUCCAUGGGACGGGGCCCGUUUUUCGGGUCAUCCCGCAAGAUGAGAGGCUUCCCCAUGAACCUCUCUCCAGGUGGCCUCGAAGAAGGACCACCGGGGUUUCCUUACUUCGCGACAGCAGAUGGCAAGUUCGAGUUUGGAUAUGGCCCGCCGUUCCACCAUGAUGCCCCGUUCUUCCAUCCGCCGCCCGCAAUGCCGUUUAAUCAGCCAGGUCGUUUCGCAGGGGGCAUGGAGACUCUUCCAGGCGGGGAGUUUCCGGAGCAGUUUCCUCCACCGGAGCAUCUCGUCCUACCUCGGCCUUCAUCGCCGGAGUUCACCUUUGGAGACGGCCCACCUCCUUUGCAUCCUGAAGGUCUGGUUUGGUAG